CAGAGUUCAGUCAGUCGUCGCGGCGAUGUCGAAGCGCGAGCUGUAGUUUUGCUUCCAUUCUUCCCUUCUGGCGUGUGUCAAGUUUUUUUUUCCUUCACUCUCUGUGAAUGGUAUUGUGUUUGAAAACGGGGCGCAGUUUUCAGCCGAAAUUCAUUCAGCGUUUUUGUGGCAAACAAAUUCGGAAGGAAAAGAAGCUUGUCGAUUCGGGGUUGUUCCCGUUAAGCUUCGUGCCUGUGACGGUGACUACGAAUGGCCCCCCCUGAUGUUUUGGAGAAGAAAAAAAAGUGUCCCAAAGAAUAACAGGAUCGCGAGUUUGAUCCUUCGGUCCGCGGAAAACAUGGUGCUUUACGUCGUGCAAAAUUGAGAGGGUUGGAUAGUGUGCGGGAGCGGGAGAGCGGAUCACACCCAUACACACAUACGUACGCACACACAUACACGUACGGGAAGGGUACCAGGAAGAAAGAAAGGUUGUCAAAGUUGUUUUUGUUGUGGUUGUUGUUGUUGUUGUUGGGGGAAUCGGAAGAAGGGAAAAGAAGUGAAAGAUUAGCAAGAAAGAAGAAGAGAGUGGCAAUCAGCAAAAACGGCAAAUCGACAGAUUGCGAAAAAAUAGAGAAAGAAGAAGAGAAGCGAAAAGAGAAGGAAGAAAAAAUAAUAAUUUGGGUUUGCCAAACAGGAAAGUGAGCAGCAGUGUGUUUUGCCAAUUCCUACUGGAAGCAAAGAACCGGCGGCGUCAACGUUGUCGUUGUCAGCAGCGAGCGCAGAAAAAGUAGAAGAAAAAUAAAGUAAAGUUAUUGAGUAAAUACUAAAAAAAAGGAAGAAAGAAAGCAAGAACAAAAUAGCAGCGACGACGAUUGCAGCGGUGGCGGCCACGAACGCAACAGCAACGCCGGGGAUCGGAACGCAGAACGGUGCCGGAGCUGCUGCUGCCGCUGUCAGGAAUAUGUGCGAGCAAAGCAUAAUCGGUGCCCGGGCAUCGGUGAUGGUGUACGACGAUGGCCAGAAGAAGUGGAUCCCGUCGGGCAGCUCGUCCGGCCUCAGCAAGGUGCAGAUCUUCCACCACCAGCAGAACAACACAUUCCGAGUGGUCGGCCGCAAACUGCAGGACCACGAGGUCGUCAUCAACUGCUCGAUCAUCAAGGGGCUCAAGUACAACCAGGCCACGGCGACGUUCCACCAGUGGCGGGACUCCAAGUUCGUGUACGGCCUGAACUUCUCCAGCCAACAGGACGCGGAAGCGUUCGCCCGGGCCAUGAUGCACGCGCUCGAGGUGCUAAGUGGUCGCGUUCCGCCGCCGUCGAUGCAGACGAACCCGAAUCAAAAUCAAAUGGCCUACGACGAGGACAUGGGCUAUCGCACAAUGACCCGCGAGGAGGCGACCAUCAUGCAGCAGCAGCAACAACUCACCGGCCAACCGGUGCAACCGACGCCCGGUCCACCCGGGAUGCCCGGCGGAGGUGGUGGUGGGGGUGGAGGCGUUCCCGGUAUUUUAUCUCCCCAAACGCCGACAUCGGGACUGCCGCCCGGUGCUGGACCCGUUCCUAAUUUGAGUCAACAACAGCAGCAGCAGCAGCAGCAACAGCAACAACAACAGCAAACACAUCAUCGUACUAACAGUGCACCUCCGGUUCCGCAGCCACCCGUUUUACCACCGCAGCAGCAGAAACCAAUCUAUGCAUCACAACAGAGCAACACCAGCACCAACAGUAUUACUUAUGGAAGCAAUUCGCAACCACAAUAUCAGCAGCCAAUAUACGUAGCAUCGAAUCAAAAUCCAAUGAUGAAUCAAAUGGCCUCGCAGCAGCAGCAGCAGAUUCCGGUGCCACCGAUUAUGCCCAACGGAGCGGGAGCGGCCAUCUAUGCCACGGCCACGUGCUCACCCAACACGAGCAGUAGUGUGAACCCGACGAUCUACGCCGGCCAGCAGCACAUGAUGCUGCCACCGGGGGGUGGCCUUCCCGGACCCGGUCAGCAGCAGCAGCUCCCGAAUAAUUACGGACAAACGAACGGCGGCUCGGCGUACGGCGGUCAGCCGCAGUACGGCAUUCCACCGGCUCCACAGAUGCCAAUGCAACAGAUGCAGCUGAUACAGCAGCAGCAGCCGCCACCGCAGAUGCAGCAGGUGAACGCCCCGCCGCAAGCACCACCACCACCGAUGCCCCCAGCCUUCCCCAUAAUGACUUCCGCCAACGUUCCACAGCCUCCUGCCCCACCUUUACCACCGGCCACGGGAGGUGGUGGCGGUGGUGCCGCACCCCCUCCUCCGCCGCCCCCGCCCGGUGCGGGAAUGCUCGGCGGGAAGGGCGAUGCCGGCAUCAACUCGCUCGCCCUGCAGCUGGCCACCGCCAAGCUGAAGCGCAGUCAACCCCCCAAGACGGCCCCACCUGCGCCAGUCUCGACGGUGACGGAAAACAGCGGCAGCAGCACCUCAAGCGGAGGUAGUGGUAAUUAUGGAACCAUAGGACGGUCCUCCUCCGGAAUGGCCUCGAUGAUGGACGAGAUGGCGAAAACGUUGGCACGGCGAAGAGCACAAGUGGAAAAGAAGGAGCCGGACCCCACCGACGACGGCCAGUCGAACAGCGGACGCCAGCGGGCCUGGGAAAAGUCCAGCACGUUGCCGCACAAGCUGAGCAGCAGCAGCAGCAACCAGAACAACAACAGUGCCACCAGCAACAACACCAGCCUGAGCGGCUCCGAGUCGCCGAAGCCGUCGCGGAAACGGUUCGGCAGCGCCAGCGAGGAGACGAUACUCAAGCAAAUCAACGGGGACAGCUUUUCCCUGCCCAGCUCGAUGGAGCUGGAAAGCUUCAAGGAGGACAUUUUGCGGGAAAUGCGGUGCGAGAUCGCCAAGGCGAAACAGGAGAUCAUAGAAGCUAUCAAAUCCGAGUUUAAUCGGAGGUAAAAAUGUUGGCCAUCACCCUGGGGCUGGACUAAGGCUGGAUAGUGAAAUUGUCGAAAUUUGAAGAAAACUUCGAGGGGGGGUAUUUAUUGUAGCGAACGCGGGGGCAAAUUAGGGCGUUUUAAACGAAACAACACGCGAGUGAGUGUGCUGUGUAACAAACACUGUCAAGGUGCAGACACGAGUUGCUCUCUUUUAUAGGUUCUAGACUUGUGUGUAAACGGGUACUGUUUACUCUACACUUCAGUUUUGGUUGCAUUCACGGUGAUUCGAUUGCGGCGGUGCAUGACAGCAAUCGCGUGCUGACAGUUAAAUCAGACAAUGGUUAUAUAUGAAAGUAUAUAUGAAAUUAAUGGUUUAAAUACUGGAAAAUAUACAACUAUAUUGAAACAACAAAAACAUGAUUAACGAUUAUUACUGGGGGGAAGAAACACGAAGACACCUACUAAAAAACAGGAAUGCUAAAAACAACUAACCUAAACCAAUAUCAACUAGCCGAUAAAGGAGACUUCAAUUAAAUUGAACAUGCGACUUUUUUACUGAGCGCGUUUUCCUUCCCCUCCGAUGACGAACGAUGAAAAAUUAGUUAAAAUAUUUCGUCAUAGCAAAACAAAACUAAACUGCAACUUACCACGCGUUUCCAGGUAAAAACACCGAACAGAGCAGCAGUGUGCAUCAGUAAUCGCAUUUCAUUCAUAAAAUCAACUCGUAUUCAUUAUUGAAAAACAAAAAAAAACAAGCUGAGACAAAAGUAAAAAAAAAAAUCAUUCACAUUUAAUCUACCAACAAAUAUCUAAUUGUACGGCGUAAGUUUAACCAGAUAGGCAGAACAGAAUUUUCAAAAAAAGAAGAAACAAACAAAAACAAACACUUACACACACACACACACAACAAGUGCGCGAGCUUGGUGAGUCUGAUCGAUGUGUUGUCCUAUUGUUUUUUCUAUGGUUUUUCGUUUUUCGACUAAAAUAUUCCAAAACAAAGUAAAGAAUGCAGCAGUUUACAAAGCAUUAGGUGUACCACGUGUAAUAACUGUUAAGACAAGUCUCUAUUUGCAAAAUUAAUUAAGAUGAAAGCUCGAAAGUUCUAGAUCAAAACACACAA